AUGCAGUUGAUUUCUUUAACUUCUAUUAUCACUGCCGUUGCAGCCCAGCAGCUUGCAUGGGGGCAGUGUGGAGGAAAUGGCUGGACAGGGGAAACUUCAUGCGUUAAUGGAUAUACCUGCCAAAUCAGUAAUGAAUGGUAUUCCCAAUGCAUACCAAGCAGUGCUGCACCAGGUAAAAUCUCACUCUCUUCACAUAGAAUUAACUACCGCUAA